UUCGAAUAAAACAAAUGACACUGGUAAAAUGAAUGAUGAUCAAAAAUUAUUAUCAAUUCAACAAAAUGAUGGUGGUGAUAAUGGUAAUGGAAAUGAUAUGAAAAAAAUUGAAUCAAAAAUUCGAUUAAAUUAUAUAAUACCAGUGAAUGAUGGUGAACAUCUUUUACGUCAUAGUUGGACAUUUUGGUAUCUAAAAUUUGGACCGAAUUUUGAUUGGGAACAUUCACAAAUUGAUGUGGCUACAUUUUCAACUGUUGAAAGUUUUUGGGGUGUUUUUGAUCGUGUUCUACCGUUGACCGAUACACAUCAUGGUUGUAAUUAUUCCCUGUUCAAAUAUGGUAUACGACCAAUUUGGGAAGAUCCACGUAAUCGUAAUGGUGGCCGUUUUGUAUUUACAAUCAAUAAAGAUGGUGAAUAUAAACAAUAUGCAAUGGAAAUGUGGACUGAAUUCUGUAUGUUAAUUAUUGGUAAUCAAUAUGAAAUGAUUUGUGAACGUAUUUGUGGUAUUGUUGGUGGUAAUCGUAAUACACAGAUAAAAAUUGCUAUUUGGAUUGAUCAUUAUCAACCACAACAUAAUAUUCAUGAUAUUGGACUUUUUCUUAAACGUCUGGUUGGCUAUGAUAAAUCGGUUCAUUUUGAAAUGCACAAUAUGGAUAUGAUCAAUCAACAACAACAACAACAAUCGAAUGAUCGUCAACAAUCAUUCGAUAUAUGAAACAAAACAAAAAAACUAAACAAAAGCGCAUAUAUGGCGAAACGGAAAUGUUGACUUCUUUUUGUUUUCUAUUUUGUUUUGCUUUUCAAAUGAGCCUAUUUUUAGCAAUUUUGUUGAUGAUGAUUUCGUUGAUGAUAAUAUUUUGU